GCCCUCUCUUCUUGUCCCUUUACUCCUCUCACACGAUCUCUUUUCUUUCACCUCUACUUCUCUCUGAAACACGAACAAAACAGAGAAACAAAAAACAAAGCAAUCCCAAUCACCCCCUUCUCGAUUUCCCUCUCUUUCUCUCGCGAUGAACAAAAUGAAACCAGCCUUCAUUCCUAAAAAACGACCCUUUCUUUCUCCAUCUCUCGCUCUCUAUAACGAUGAGAUGUAAGUGCUCCCUUCCUCUCCGACGAAGGCGACGGCGGAAACAAGAUCAGCGAGGUUCGGCGGCAGAGAAAUUGACGACAUCGAUUAUGAUGGCCGGAGGUAAGUGCCUGACCGUUGCAUGUCGAUUUUUUAGGGUUUUGUUUGGGAUUUCGAGUUUGGGAUUCUGACCACUUUUCUCUUCCUUCUAUGGAUGUUUCUGGGUUUUGAUGGAGGCAAGAAGGAGAUGAAGAGACGGAGGAAUCGCCGUCGGUUUCGAGUCUUGACUGCGGCGGUGGCGCCAAGGUCUCACCGGCGAGAAAGAUGCGAAGGUUUGAUUGGGAAGGAGGAAAGAAAGAAACAGCCGGCCGGCGAGGACUUCCGACGAUGGCGGGGAAGGAGGAGAAACCGUUGGUGGCUCCUGGUCUCUCCGACGGCGAGGGAGCUAACUCACUGGAGCGGAUUCUAUAAGUUGAAGACAGUGGGGAACUGCUGGAAAGAAAGAGAAUUACCGACGGCGAGAGUAGGCAAAGUCGCCGGCAGUUACCAUGACAGGUGAUUGAGAAUUUGUUUUCUGGGCUCGUAUGGCAACUGGAAUUUUCUGUAGUGAUGAUGGGUUUGAAACUGAAGUUUGUUUCAGUUUAGCUAUGGGGUUGGUUAUGGCCUAUGGGUAAUACUUAGCUGCAACCUAGGGAGCAGCCCGCCUCUGCUAUCCGUCCACACGUUAUCUCCUCAUUGGCGUUUUUUUAUUUUAUUUUUCACUGUCCAAAAGCUUGAGAACCCAUUUGAAUUUUCGUUUAAUUUUCAUUUUUAAAGGUUAAUGCUAGUAGCUACUAGCUAGUAAGAUGAAAGAGUCCCGCAGCGCUGAACAUAAUCACCCACGUCCACCCAAUGAAGAAACAAAAUUUUGACAAAUUAGUGUGUUAGAUAGUGAUAUAACAUUUAUAAUUAAUUUUUUUUCAAUAAUUCGAGUUAGUGAGAUCAACUGGUUUAUGAUAUGGUAUCAAAGUAAGUUUGGCCAAGUGGUUGUGUGUUCGAAUUUUCAUGACCUUCAACAUUAACCCUUGAUUAAAGUACAAUAUAUGGUGAGUCUAUGUAAACUUAGCUCAUGAGUUAGCUUUCGUUGGUGUCACCGUGUUAGAUAAUGGUAUAAGAUCCAUAAUUAACAUUCUCCCGACUUUUGUUUGAGGGGACAUGUUAGAAAGUGGUAUAAGAUCUAUAAUUAACUUUUUCUAAUAAUUUGAAUUAUUGGUACCAAUUGAUUUAUAAAAUAAUGAAUAAGUAAAGGGAGCAGGUCAUCGGGACAAACCUAAAUGUUCUCUAACAAAUCUAUCCCAAUUCCCACACAUUUGGUCCCCAUCCAUUAAUCCAUACGUAGAUAAUAAUGUUGUUUCUUCACACUACAUAUCUAUCACGACACAGAAGAACCACAUUUGCUUACAAACUACUUUACAUAGGAUGUAAAAAUAAAUUAUUCAUAAUUAAGUAAAUGAAUCAUCAUGGAUCAAUAGCGUUACCCUUUAAUAAGAAUAUUAAAUGGGUUCUAAUUUCUAAAGCUUUUUGACGGUGAAAGAAAACAAAAGAAAAUGACCAAUGAGGAGAUAACACGUGGAGGGGUAGCAGGAGUUGGCUGCUACCUAGGUUGCAGCCAAGUAUUUCCUGUUGGUUAUUGUGUAUGUUCAUGGUUAGUUCGAAUCUAGAAAUUGGUUGGUGUUUAUGACGGGUUUGAUUUUGGAAAGUUUCUCCUUUCUGGUUUUGUCGAAAAGAAAAGGGGUGGGUUUAAUGACCCAAAUGUGAAAGUCGUGUGUGUAUUUGGCCUUUAGGCCUAAUUAAUAAUCAAUUACCUUAUUUAAUGGCUUAAGCAAUCUGCUUAACCAACCUGUCAUAUUCUUCGUCAAAACCCGCUCGAAAAAAAUGGUGAUCACCUCAACUUUGCCAAAAUUGGCGCCGAUUCAAUUGGCCUCCCGUUCCACCUCCGGCCGGUCGUCCAUACCUCCUUCGGUCAAACUCCGAUUCAAUCAGUCUUCUCUUCUUCUCCUACCCUCAUUAACUUGUGGAGCUAUUGGUCAAACAAAUCAUAAUUCGUAAA